AUGGCCGCUACCGUUGCGCCUUCACAUGCCGCUGGCCUGCCGUCGUCAUCGGGCAUCCCUGCGCCGUCGCAUUCCGCAAACUCACAUUCCCAUUCUCAAGAUGUCUCGGGCGCAUCGACAUCUUCCGCCCCAAGUCCGCUACCACAAACCCGCAAGUUUAAUCUCCGAGACUUCAGACGGGUUAGAACACUAGGGACAGGAACCUUUGCUCGAGUCUGCCUCGUUCGCCCCGCCGCGACCGCGCACAUCCCCCUCGAUCACCAACUCAACCCCGAAGUUUAUGCUCUCAAGAUACUCCGGAAGCCAGAAGUCAUCCGUCUCAAGCAGGUUGACCAUGUCCGACACGAACGCGCUAUUCUCGCCGAUGUAGCAGGUCAUCCCUUCAUCACAACUCUGAUUGCCUCAUUUUCCGAUCAGGAUUCACUCUACAUGUUACUCGACUACGUCCCAGGCGGAGAGCUUUUCACAUACCUUAGGAAGUUACGGCGUUUCGAGGAACCCGUCGCUCGGUUUUACGCUGCGGAAAUCGUUCUGGUCCUGGAGUACUUGCACGAACAGCAAGGCGGUAUCGCCUACCGAGACCUCAAGCCUGAGAACUUGCUUCUGGAUCAGGACGGGCACAUCAAACUGGUUGAUUUUGGCUUCGCAAAGCGACUCGGCUACCGCGAAGACAACCGCCCAGUUGAAACAUACACAUUGUGUGGAACACCCGAGUAUCUCGCUCCGGAAGUGAUUCAGAAUAAAGGACACACCGGCGCAGUUGACUGGUGGGCAUUGGGCAUUUUGAUAUACGAAUUCUUGACGGGAUAUCCUCCAUUUUGGCACCAGAACCCUAUCGAGAUCUACAAACAAAUUCUUGAGAAGCCUGUCGUCUUUCCACAAGACCCCUCAUUGUCAGAAGAAGCCAAAGACAUAAUACGCUCUCUCUGUACCGUUGAUCGGUCGCGGCGUCUCGGCAAUAUCAGCGGUGGUGCAGCUCGUGUCAAGUCGCACCCCUUCUUUCAAGAUACAGACUGGGAUGAAAUCUUAGAUCGCCGACAGAAGGGCCCUAUCCAGCCUCCAAUACGAUACCCAGGUGAUGCGCAAUGCUUUGAUGUGUAUCCUGAGGACGAUGGAACUCGCGAGCCAUACGGCCGUGAGAUGGCAGAGAAGUAUGACCCAUACUUUGCUGAUUUCUAA